CCAUUGAAGAUGCAACUGCCAAGUUACAACAGACUAUUCAGAAAUGGCAAAGCUUCUCUGAUAUGGAUAUUGAAUCAGAAAGUGAAACUGAUAGAAAAUCAGAUGGUGAUGGUGACAUCAUAGGGCAUAUUGAUCCAGCCGAUGCGAUAUGUAUUACAGAUGCUGCAAGUACAGAACAAGCAGACACAAGUGAUUUUAUUGGAAACAACACCUUAGACCUUGGUAGAGAAGGAAGGGGUUCACUAAUACAGCAAGAGUCAUGCUCUGCUAACCCACAAAGUGAAGCAAACAGACCUAACCCGUUGGGGGAGGGGAAUGAACACGUUGAUGCAAACCCAAGCUUUAGCCCAGGACUGGCUGAGCACUACAGGGAUCAGGAGGGAUUCAUUGAUAACACGGUCCAAAAAAGAUCGAAUGGAGAAACUGCAAGACAAGAAACUACCCCAAAAGGUGUCGCUAGUGCAGCAGUUGGAGGAGACGAACCAACAGGAGACGAGGGGUUACAUGAUGAUACUAUCCCAAAGAAUUUGAGUGAAGAAACUGCAGUUGAACCACCUGGAAAUGAGCCUCCUGGUGGUGACUGUAGCAGUGGUACAGGACUCAACCUGACUCAAAAUGUUCCACAAACACCACGGAUUCCUGAAAACUGCUGUGCAAAAUGUACUGCAAGAGAGGAAGCAGAAAGAAAAAAUGGAGAAUUCCAUUGUAAUGGAAUGCAACAACAAUCCACCAACACUAAACGUGACUUCAAGAAGUACAUUGAAGAUGGAAACAAGGCUUUGGAGAAGCAAAACCAAGAGGCUCUCACAAAAAAUCUUCCCUAUUUGAUACGUUAUCUCCACCCCGUUAUUGAUGAUGUGGCACUUUAUAUGUUCAGCCACUUGGUUCUGUCUGAUCGCCAUAGAGAAAUAAUUGCAAGUAAAACCACUGAGAGGGACAAGUCGAGAAAGCAUUCUGGGUCUUUAUGCAGGCAUUAG